CGCAGGACUAAAAAUAGACAAGAACAGAGAAAGAGGAAAACCAUCCGGCUUUCCAAAAUCACCGGAUCCUCUGACACACAGUUCAAUUCCAAAGCAUUGAGUUUCUCUGCUUAUCAGCCCUCAGUUCAACAUUCCUAACCUACUAUCAUGAAUGGCGCCUUUGCACCGCCUCUGAGAAAUUUUCACAAACGCUUAGAAUUCAAGAUCUUCCCUAUAACCUUGAGUUCGUUUGACUUUGAUCCCCCCAAGUUGCAGCAAUGAGUUCGAGAGAUGACACCGAUGAUCUCAGGCGGCCCUUCCGUCAUACUGGUAGUUGGUACAAAAUGGGUUCGAGGCAGUCCAGCGUCAUGGACUCCUCUGUUCAGUCCCUGCGAGAAGGUUCAGUCUCCGUUCUGUUCUGUGUGCUCAUCGUAGCGUUGGGUCCUAUUCAAUUCGGUUUCACGUGUGGGUAUUCCUCUCCCACGCAAGAGCAAAUAAUCCGUGACCUAAAUCUUACAAUUUCGGAGUUCUCAAUAUUCGGAUCUUUGUCCAAUGUGGGUGCGAUGGUGGGAGCUCUAACCAGUGGUCAGUUAUCAGAAUUCAUGGGGCGCAAAGGGUCGCUAAUGAUUGCAGCAAUCCCCAAUAUACUAGGAUGGCUCGCUAUUUCUUUUGCCAACGACUCAUCAUUUCUGUUUAUGGGGAGAUUGUUGGAGGGGUUUGGCGUUGGGAUAAUCUCUUACGUGGUGCCUGUUUAUAUAGCUGAGAUAGCACCUCAAAAUAUGAGAGGCGGCCUUGGAUCUGUUAACCAGCUCUCCAUUACAAUCGGAAUAAUGUUGGUAUAUCUAUUAGGCCUUUUUGUCAACUGGGAAACGCUUGCUGUUCUUGGUGCUUUGCCUUGUAUAAUAUUAAUACCUGGAUUAUUUUUCAUACCAGAAUCACCCAGAUGGUUGGCGAAGAUGGGAAUGACAGAAGAAUUUGAGACUUCAUUGCAAGUUUUACGAGGAUUUGACAUGGAUAUUGUUGUGGAAGCAAAUGAAAUUAAGAGAUCUGUGGCAUCAACUAGCAAAAGAGUUACUGUUCGAUUGGCUGAUCUCAAGAGAAAAAGAUAUUGGUUUCCUUUAAUGGUAGGUAUUGGACUACUUAUGCUGCAGCAACUGAGCGGUAUUAAUGGAGUAUUGUUCUAUUCAAGUAUCAUUUUUCAAAGUGCAGGAAUUUCAUCCAGCAAUGUUGCUACAUUUGGACUUGGAGCUAUACAGGUCAUAGCGACUGGAAUCGCUACUUGGUUGGUGGAUAGAAGUGGACGGAGACUGCUUCUAAUAAUAUCCUCAUCGUCAAUGACAGUGAGCCUCAUUCUUGUUGCAGUAGCAUUUUAUUUGAAGGGAAAUGUACCAGAGGAUUCUCAUCUAUAUAGCGAUCUAGGAAUAAUAUCUGUUGUUGGUCUCGUGACUAUGGUGAUCGGCUUCUCUCUAGGACUUGGACCAAUUCCAUGGGUUAUCAUGUCCGAGAUCCUUCCAAUAAAUAUAAAGGGACUUGCAGGAAGUGUAGCCACAUUAGCGAAUUGGCUAUGUUCCUUUCUGAUCACAAUGACGGCAAACUUGCUUCUGACUUGGAGCAGUGGAGGAACCUUCACGGUGUACGCAGUGGUAUCUGCCUUCACCGUUGCUUUUGCGGCAAUUUGGGUCCCUGAAACCAAAGGAAGAACUUUGGAAGAGAUUCAGUCAUCCUUUAGAUGAUCCUCUUUUUUCUUUUGUCCAAUGAAUGAUGCCCCCAAGUUUUCCAGUUUUUUUUUCCUUUUUUAACCUCAUUAUCCUUUUUAAUUGUACUAUACAAUAGCUAUAGGGUGAAAUAUAUAUUGGACGACAGGUAGAGAAGCAGAAUAAUAGAAGGCCUUUUGUCUUAAAAAACACCCUUCGGUCUCAUAGUAUGAGCAAAAACGUGUGUUUGUGUGUUACAAUUUUUACGAAAGCUAGUUAUUUCUCUUAAUUAUAUUUGGAAUUAACUUUUUUUCCUGAAAUGUCCC